CCUACCUCCUCUCUCUCUCUAGCGCGCGGGUGCUCGCGUCUUUGAACGUCUCUCCAGUCUUCAGAGCCCCCCAACUCCAAGUCUCCAACAACCACCACACCAGGAGUCGGAGGCAUCUUUGCUUCCUUCUCCCAUUGACAGACUUCUCAACCAAACCAACCCCUCCUCCCACCCUCCACUCCACUUGUAUAUAUAUAGAUAGACAAGAGCCCUUGUUGUCUCCGAAAACUGAGAAGCAGGAGCAGCCCUUACAUCCUCAACGGCUUUAUUACCGCCUAAAGAUGGCCCUAAUCACCUCUCUCUCCUCAUCCAAACCCAGCACUCUUCUCGAAAAUCCCUUCAUUUCUUCCAAAAUUUCUUCUCUCUACUCCCCUUCCACUUCUUUCCCAUCUUCCACCUCUCACAAGUAUCGUCCUCUGUCCGUCCGCAGCUCCAUUACCGUCGCUCCUUCGCCGGUGAAUGCCGCAAAGGAGUUCGCCGUGAAAUCGGUGAAGGCGAGGCAAAUCAUUGAUAGUCGAGGGAAUCCCACUGUUGAGGUUGAUCUUGUAACUGAUGAUCUAUAUCGAUCUGCCGUCCCCAGCGGAGCGUCGACUGGGAUCUAUGAAGCAUUGGAACUCAGAGAUGGCGACAAGAGAGCUUAUGGUGGAAAAGGCGUUCUCAAAGCGGUUCAGAACAUUAACGAGGUUUUAGCUCCCAAGCUCAUUGGUGUAGACGUUAGAAAUCAAGCUGAUGUCGAUGCUAUCAUGUUAGAACUUGAUGGUACACCAAAUAAAUCAAAAUUGGGGGCCAAUGCCAUUCUAGGAGUAUCCCUGAGUGUCUGUAGGGCUGGUGCUGGGGUAAAGGGGGUGCCUCUUUACAAGCACAUUCAAGAAUUAGCUGGAACGAAGGAGCUUGUUAUGCCAGUUCCAGCUUUCAACGUGAUAAAUGGGGGCAGCCAUGCUGGUAAUAAUCUUGCCAUGCAAGAAUUCAUGAUACUACCAGUAGGUGCUGCUUCAUUUUCUGAGGCUCUGCAGAUGGGCAGUGAAGUAUAUCAUAUUCUCAAGGGCAUCAUCAAGGCAAAAUAUGGACAAGAUGCUUGCAAUGUUGGAGAUGAAGGAGGAUUUGCUCCAAAUGUUCAGGAUAACAGGGAGGGACUGGUUUUACUCAUUGAUGCAAUUGAAAAGGCUGGUUACACAAGCAAGAUCAAAAUAGGGAUGGACGUUGCAGCUUCAGAGUUCUUCACAAAAGAUGGGAAAUAUGACCUAAACUUUAAGAAGCAGCCAAAUGAUGGUGCUCAUGUCUACACAGCUCAGAGCCUCUGUGAAAUGUACAAGGAGUUUGUCAGAGACUUUCCUAUUGUGUCAAUUGAAGACCCCUUUGAUCAAGAUGAUUGGAGCUCAUGGGCUUCAUUACGGUCUUCAGUUGAUAUCCAACUUGUAGGUGAUGACUUGCUGGUCACUAAUCCAAAGAGAAUUUCUGAAGCUAUUCAGAAGAAGGCUUGCAAUGCUUUGCUAUUAAAGGUUAACCAAAUAGGCACAGUCACUGAAUCCAUUCAAGCAGCUCUUGACUCAAAAGCUGCAGGUUGGGGUGUGAUGGUCAGCCACAGGAGUGGUGAGACAGAGGAUAAUUUCAUAGCAGAUCUCUCUGUUGGUUUGGCAAGUGGACAGAUCAAAACAGGAGCUCCUUGCCGAAGUGAACGAUUGGCCAAAUACAAUCAGCUAUUACGGAUCGAAGAGGAACUUGGAAAUGUGCGUUAUGCUGGAGAGGCUUUUAGAUCUCCAUAGAAAAUAAUGGAUUGAACUCAAAAUUCUUAUGGAAAUGACAUAAGUAGUCGAUCAAAUUCACCCAUGUGUGAAAAGAAAACCAUGCCUAUCAUGAAAUGAAGGACCAUAAGUUAUGAUCUAGAGUAAGUCCAGCAAGAAUUCAAAUUGCCUUGAUGGAAUUUAAAAUGAGUGUCUGUUGAUUUUUGAGGAGAUAGAAAUUUUGUUUGUAACUUUUUGCCAUGGAAAUAAUUUAUUAUGCUAUUAUGCAAAGCUAUUGUUCUUUUCAAAUGUGAUUGGGUUUAGAAUAAGUCAAAUCCAAUUUUGUGUUUU